CUCGGGGUGCCUGGAAGGGAGCCAGAGGUGUUGUGGGGCUCAGGCCAGGAGGGGAACAAAUGUCCUUACUGUGGCCACCCAGACCCUUCCUCCAGAACUGGCCACUUCUGCCUUUGGAAAGUGUUUCACAACGUGCCUGCGUGUGAGGACAGCUGAGGAUGGGUAAGAGGGCGUGGACCCACACAAUCGCCACUGCCUAGAGAGGAAGCACAGGCUUGCCAUGCCCGUGGGGGGCUGCCCGGCACGCCAGCCACUCGCACAGAGAGUGCCCGAGCCUGCGGUCCUCAUGUCAGGCGGCAGGGAUACAGCACGCGGUGGUGUCAAUAUUGCCUACUCGGAACCCACGUCCCUCUCCACAUCCUCCGUGGAGAGAGAAGUAGAUCUGGGAAUCUCUGCCCUCCCAUGGAAGGAGGGAACCCUGAAGGCUCCACUUCUCACACGUCUACUGGAGUGUCUGUUCCAUGGGUGGAGGUGACACAGGCCCCUCAAAGCAGGGAGGGACCAGAUAUGGCUCCAUCUCCAGCCCACCCAGUCCAGGGCCACAGCAAGCGCCUCCCGGAGGGACCUACCUAAGUGAGAAGAUCCCCAUUCCGGAUACAGAAUCGGGUGCAUUCAGCCUGCGGAAGCUGUGGGCCUUCACGGGGCCUGGAUUCCUCAUGAGCAUCGCAUUCCUGGACCCAGGAAACAUUGAGUCGGAUCUUCAGGCUGGGGCUGUGGCUGGAUUCAAACUGCUCUGGGUGCUGCUGUGGGCCACAGUGUUGGGCUUGCUCUGCCAGCGACUGGCUGCCCGGCUGGGUGUGGUGACAGGCAAGGACUUGGGCGAAGUCUGCCAUCUCUACUACCCUAAGGUGCCCCGCAUUCUCCUCUGGCUGACCAUCGAGCUAGCCAUCGUGGGCUCAGACAUGCAGGAAGUCAUCGGCACAGCUAUUGCAUUCAGUCUGCUCUCCGCCGGACGAAUCCCACUCUGGGGUGGUGUCCUCAUCACCGUCGUGGACACUUUCUUCUUCCUCUUCCUCGAUAACUACGGGUUGCGGAAGCUGGAAGCCUUUUUUGGAUUUCUUAUUACCAUAAUGGCCUUGACCUUCGGCUAUGAGUACGUGGUGGCUCAGCCUGCUCAGGGAGCAUUGCUUCAGGGCCUGUUCCUGCCCUCGUGCCGAGGCUGUGGCCAGCCCGAGCUGCUGCAGGCCGUGGGCAUCAUUGGCGCCAUCAUCAUGCCCCACAACAUCUACCUGCAUUCCUCCCUGGUCAAGUCUCGAGAGGUAGACCGGUCCCGGCGGGCGGACAUCCGAGAAGCCAACAUGUACUUCCUGAUUGAAGCCACCAUCGCCCUGUCUGUCUCCUUCCUCAUCAACCUCUUUGUCAUGGCUGUCUUUGGGCAAGCCUUCUACAAGCAAACCAACCAGGCUGCGUUCAACAUCUGUGCCAAGAGCAGCCUCCACGACUACGCGCCGAUCUUUCCCAGGAACAACCUGACCGUGGCAGUGGACAUUUACCAAGGAGGCGUGAUCUUGGGCUGCCUCUUUGGUCCUGCAGCCCUGUACAUCUGGGCCGUGGGUCUCCUGGCUGCUGGGCAGAGCUCCACCAUGACCGGCACCUACGCGGGACAGUUUGUGAUGGAGGGCUUCCUGAAGCUGCGGUGGUCACGCUUCGCCCGAGUCCUGCUCACUCGCUCCUGUGCCAUCCUGCCCACUGUGCUCCUGGCUGUCUUCAGGGACCUGCGGGACCUGUCAGGCCUCAACGACCUGCUCAAUGUGCUGCAGAGCCUGCUGCUUCCCUUCGCUGUGCUGCCCAUCCUCACCUUCACCAGCAUGCCCGCCCUGAUGCAGGAGUUUGCCAAUGGCCUGGUGAGCAAAGUUAUCACUUCCUCCAUCAUGGUGCUGGUCUGCGCUGUCAACCUUUACUUUGUGAUCAGCUACGUGCCCAGCCUCCCCCACCCUGCCUACUUCAGCCUUGUAACACUGCUGGCCGCAGCCUACCUGGGCCUCACCACUUACCUGGUCUGGACCUGUCUCAUCACCCAGGGAGCCACUUUUCUGGCCCACAAUUCCCACCAACGCUUCCUGUAUGGGCUUCCUGAAGAGGAUCAGGAGAAGGGGAGGACCUCGGGAUGAGCUCCCACCAGGGCCUGGUCACGGCUGUGAUGAGUGGGCAUAGUGGCCUGUCAGACAAGGGGGUGUGUGUGUGUGUGUGUGAAGGCAGCAAGACGGAGAGGGAGUUCUGGAAGUUGGCCAACGUGAGUUCCAGAGGGACCUAUGUGUGUGUGUGUGACACACUGGCCUGCCAGACAAGGGUGUGUGUGUGUGUGUGUGUGUGUGUGUGUGUACGCACAGCAAGACGGAGAGGGAGUUCUGGAAGCCAGCCAACGUGAGUUCCAUAGGGACCUGCUAUUUCCUAGCUCAGAUCUCAGUGUUAUUGACUAUAAAAUGGGGACACCUACCUUGGAAUGGUUGUAAAUAAGACACUUGAACGCAGAGCCUAGCACUUCAGAUUUAAAAACAAAAGAAUCAUAAUUCCAAAAGUUACUGAGCACUAACUAUCACAGGAGUGACCUGACAGACCCACCCAGUCCAGGGUGGGACCCAGGCUCCAAACUGACUUAAAAUAAGAGUCUGAAAAUGCUAAAUAAAUGCUGUUGUGCUUAGUCUCUUCA